AUGCCAAAGAGCUCUGACACUCAGGUGGAAGGCUGGGCUAGAGGAUUAAAGGUUUCUUUCCCAGUGCCAAGGUUCUGCAAUUCUAAGGUUAAAUGGUGAGGCCAAGAGAUAAAGUUAAUGACCAUGAUGAUUUUCCCUUAGGGUAUUGAUUCUAAGCCUUAAACUGUGGCUCUAGGUGACUUAAUGAGGUAAAGAAAGAAAAGAAGGGGAUGUUUUUCAUACAGUUCAUUUGCUAGUCUGUCAUUAUCAUCCAGUUAUGAGGUCUUUCUUAUACAGAUCGAUCAUGUGUUUGGGCAGCAUUAUCUUAGCCUUCUGUUAGGAGGCCACCAAAUUGUUUCUACAGGUUGAAAGAUCUAGGAUUGAGGAGAAAAGUAAAUAUUGGCAGAGUUGGUGGAAUUCAAGUAAGAGAUAAGAAAUGGCCCUUGGGUUAGAAAUGUGGACUAUUGCCUGGAUUACCCGACAGCCCUCAUUGGAGAGUGGGGGGUGAUACUCAAGAAAGGACAAGAAACCAGAUGGAAGCUCCUGAUUAAAGUAAAUCUGGUCACGUGUUCCUGCUGAAAACUGAUCGGUGGCUCCCUAUUGACCUUAGGAUAAAGUCCAAACUCCUUAGUAAAACCAUUAUGGCCCUUUAUGAUCUGGCAUCUACUUACCUCUCCCACUCUUUUGCUAGGCCACACUCACCCCCAAAUCUACACCCCCAAACCCAUCCCAGAUCUUCACUUCAGUCGCAGUGAACUGCUGUCAGUUCCUAGAGCCCAUUAUUCUCUUAUCUCUAGUCCUGGGCACGUGCUCUUCCCUCUGGAAACCUCCUGCCAACCGUCAGCAAAACCUUCUCACCUGGAUGACUCCUGUUAUUGUUUGGAUUUCCGUGAAGAUGUCACUUCCUCCAGGGAAUUUUCCCUGGCCCUCUGAGUUCAGGCCCUAUCAACACUGCAUUGUACUUACUGGUUUCUCUGGCUCCUUCCACUACAUGAAACUACCAGAGGCAUGCAGUGUUGGUGAUGGAAAACCCUUUGUCACAAAUCUACAGAGUCUGUAUAUGGCAGUCACCAGACAAGAGUUCCAAGUGGGACAGAAGCUUCAAGGCACUGGAGAUCCCCAGACGUCAAGCAGUGCUUCCCCACAAGGAACUGAUAGCCAACUUCUGAAUCAGCCAGAAGAGCCGGUCUCCUCAGCACCAUCCCUCCCAGUGCCUGAAAAAGAGCCCACAGUUACUUCAGGCCCUAUGCAGAGACCUCAGCUGUUGAAGGUCAAGAGGAAGAAGCUAAGGGGGCUCUUCAGUUAACCUGUCACUGUCUCAACUGCUGAGGAUGGACUCAGAGAGUAGUUUCCUAGUGUCACCUUGAAAGGAGGUCCUGUGACAGCAGCAUCUCUGACACAGAGUUACACAGUCAGGGACUCCACUGUAAGGGCAAGAUAACUGAAGUUCAUGUUGACAGGCAUGGAUACUAUUAACUGAGGGAAUCCUGGCUCCAAUCCAUCGGGCACUGGCCUUCCCUGUCCGAGUGGAAGCCAGUCUCUGGGAAUCCCAUACCCUCCUUUCUUUUGGUGAAGGUUCUCUAGACCCAAGAUCUACCAUGGACUUUAGGUAUAUGGGGCAGGUCUGCAAAAAGGCACAGCAUGCUUAGAAAGCCUUGUCUACCUUUCUUAAGAGUCCCUAGCCAGUCCCAGGUGUUCCUCAGAGACCCUCUCCUCUCUUUAGCAUGGAAUAAAAAGCACUCACACUCC